UUGAAGGCAACAGACGAGUCAAGUGGCAGUCACUUACUAAUACUCGUAUUAGACAUAAUAAACAAAUUUAUAUAAAUACAGAGAAGAAAUGUAUUGCAUAGUUGCGACAAUCAUUGCUAUCUUGUACAUACUAUGGGAUGUGAAUUAUUUUCUACGCAUCCUCUUUACGAUAGGAAUCGGAAGACUGUUUUCAAAGAAGUGUGGUGUUAAUGACACUACAACCAUUUACGGUUUCUGCACAACACAGGAUGUAGACAUAUUCCUCAGGCACAUGAAUAAUGCUCGGUAUGUACGCGAGCUGGACUUUGCAAGAUUUCAUUUUUACGACCGCACAGGCAUCUAUGCCAAUAUAAAGGCGGUCGAUGGACACGCACUUCAAGGAGCCUCGAGUAUUCGAUACCGAAGAACUAUUCCUAUUUUUACAGCGUACAAGGUGGAAACAAAGUUAGCCUACUGGGAAGAUAAAACAUUGUUCAUCGAACAGAAGUUUAUAACAUUAAGCGACGGUUUUGUGCGGGCCAUCGUUCUCUCUAGACAAAAUCUUAUUAACGUAGAUUCAGCUACACUCUUCAAAGGUAUACCAGGAGCAGAUAAAAAACCACAAUGUCCUGAAGAAAUUAAGCAUUGGCUUCAAUCCAUCGAAGUGUCAAGUGCCAGACUUAGGAAGACAGAUUAACUAUACAUAUACUUACCCAUAAGUAUGAUACAGUUAAUGUAUUGUAUAUGAAAAUUAAAAUUGACAUUGUACUUAAUUAUGAAUAAAUAAAGGUUGCGGCUUUACCAUUGGCA